UGACGUCGUAUUGACUCUCUGAGGAUCUGACUCGCCGCACACUUCUGCCCAUGUUGACAACAAGGUCUCAGAUAUGACCAAUUAAAAGUAAAAAGGGGCGAUUUAGACACAUUUUACAGUUGCGGAGACGAUGGAAGCACAAACUUCUACCAGCUCACUUAAUGACAGAUCGUUAAAUUCACGCGUGUGUUUAUGAGCUGCUGAAGUUAGCGUGGAAAGCUAAUGUCAACACAGAUUAGGCUAACUGUAAAGUCAGCUGCGUGAUCGAUCGAUCGAUCCUAUAAAAGAGCAUUUACUGUCUGACAGCCACUGAUCACUGAGCACUGAUCACUGAGCCAGCAUGAGGAUCCUACGGUUCCUGAGGAGCAGCGUCUCCAUCGGGAAGGACAUCGACUAUUACUCCAAGUUCUCCCCCUCCCCUCUUUCAAUGAAGCAGUUUCUAGAUUUUGGUUCAGAAAAUGCAUGUGAGAAAACAUCAUUCGCCUUCCUCAGACAGGAGUUACCUGUGAGGUUGGCGAACAUCAUGAAAGAGAUCAACUUGUUGCCCGACAACCUACUGAGGACCCCCUCCGUCCGCUUGGUCCAGGGCUGGUACAUGCAGAGUCUUCAGGAGAUUCUCGAGUUCAAAGACAAAAACGCGGACGAUGAGAAAGUCACAUAUGAUUUCACAGACGCUGUUAUAAAGAUCAGAAAUCGGCACAACGACGUCAUUCCCACCAUGGCUCAGGGAGUCGUGGAGUACAAGGAGACCUACGGCACGGAUCCCAUCGUCAGCCAAAAUGUUCAGUAUUUCCUGGAUCGUUUCUACAUGAGCAGGAUCUCCAUCAGGAUGCUGCUCAACCAGCACACUCUCCUCUUCGGCGGGAAGGUGAAGGUGAACCCAGCUCAUCCCAAACAGAUCGGAAGUAUUGAUCCGCACUGUCGCGUCAGUGAGGUUAUCAGAGACGCCUACGAAAACGCACGAAACCUUUGUGACCGCUACUACAUGAACUCUCCCGAGCUGGUGCUGGAGGAAUUCAACGUCAAAGAGCAGGGAGCAUCCGCCACCGUGGUCUAUGUCCCAUCUCAUCUGUAUCAUAUGGUGUUUGAACUUUUUAAGAACGCCAUGCGGGCCACCAUGGAGUUAUACGGCGAUGCCAUGGAGUAUCCUUCCAUCCAUGCACAGGUGGCUCUGGGAACUGAAGAUCUGACGGUCAAGGUGAGUGACCGAGGAGGAGGCGUGCCGCUGCGCAAGAUCGACCGCUUGUUCACCUACACGUACUCCACAGCUCCUCGACCCAGCAUCGACGGGUCGCGUGCUGCUCCUCUGGCCGGUUACGGGUACGGUCUGCCCAUCUCUCGACUGUACGCCCGGUACUUCCAAGGGGACCUGAAGCUGUACUCCCUGGAGGGUUAUGGAACUGACGCUGUGAUCUACAUCCGGGCGCUCUCCACAGAGUCCAUCGAGAGGCUCCCUGUGUACAACAAGUCGGUCUGGAAGCACUACAACACGAUGCACGAGGCCGACGACUGGUGCGUCCCCAGCAAGGAGCCCAAGGACAUGACGACAUAUCGCAGUUUCUAGUCCCAGUAGUGGCGUGUGCAAGAGACGACAGGUGUGUGUGUGUGUGCGUGUGUGUGUGUGUGUGUGCGCUAUGUUGAUAAUUUCAGAUUUAUUUGCACAGAAAGUAACAACAGAGGUUUUAGUGCCAUAUAGAACAACGAUUUAUUCUGGAGAGCAGCAGCCAACAAAAAUAUUUUUUUCCCACUGGCACUUAUUAAUGGUAAUGACUGGGAUCAGCUGUCUAAAGAGACACAAAGCUCAACCACUACUGGAGUUUUGAGGCUGGUGCUAUUAUUGAAUAGCACCAGCCUUUUUUCAACAACAUCAGAUAACAAACAUUUUUCAUUCAGGAUCCAUUAAAUAUGGUUGUUGAAGAAUUGGGAAGAUAUCCGGAGCUGAAAUAUGUGUCAGUGCUCUCUGGUGGACAAACCAGGUAAAGGUGCCACUGUUUCUAAAUUACCUCAAACAUAUUUUUUUGACAUUUCUGUAGUGAACAGUUAUUUAUCAACAAUAUAUAACAAAUUAUUUAAUAAUAAAUAAAUAACAUUAUGCAUUGAGAGGAACAACACAUGUAGGUCUCAGUAUUUCUGCCUGAAACGUCCUGCGUGGUUCGAUGCCAGCGGGGCUGAGGAAAAAUGUUUUAGUAAUUUGGGUGAACUCGUCCUUUAAUGUAUGAACCGUGUUUGUAUCGACAAAUUGUCUUCACAGUUUGUUCUGCUGGUUUUAAGGCUUUUUCCUGAAUCACUUAGCUGCUUCUUUUUCUUUUUUUUGAAGUUAAUCCGUGUGUAGUUUGUUCAUCUCUUCUGCUUCAUGUGAAGUUUAAAACUUUGUCAGGAGAACUUGUUACACAAUUAGUUGCUGCCAUUGACUAAAUAUAAAUAUAUUUAUAUUAUAUAUAUAUAUUAUAUAAAAUAUAUAUAUGCUGCUUGUUUUUAUUUUAAACUUGUUGGAGAGUCUAAAAUGUUUAAAUUUAGGGCAUUUCUUCUUCAGUUGGAUCCAAUCAACAUGAUCAAAAAAGUAUUAAUGGGUUUGCAAUGGGUUAUUUUUCCUCACAAGAGUCGUCACUUACAGCCAGUUAUAGCAUAAGUUAAAUAAGCUAUAAUUAAUAUUUUCCAUGUUGCACUAAAGCAGUUAUGCUGUAUGGAUCAUGUUCAGUAAAACAAAAAUAAACAAUUCAAACGCU